AGUGGGUGGAAAAGAUAUCAACUGGAUCAUAUGUAUUUCGUAAUGGCCGAGCUGAAGAAAGGGAAGCUGCAAAGCAUGCAGAGAAUCGACAAAAACACUUGGAAGCUCUAUUUUCACAAAUCCAAGUGGAAUUUGAACAGCGUGAAGACAAACCUCAAAGAAGAGCACUGAGAUCGCGCGCACUCACCAGACAGCAGAUUCAUAGUUUGCAAGAUGGUGCAGAACUUUAUGAAGCAAUUCAGAAUGCAUCUGAUCCUGGUUAUAUGGAGGGAUGUCUUAGUGAAGAUCAGUUAAAAGCCUUGAAUACUCAUAGACAGAUGUUGAAUGAUAAGAAGCAAGCUCAGAUACAAGCAGAAUUCAAGAAGGCUAUAGAGUCUGCUGAACAGGAGGAACAUGGUUGCUCCAAAAGGGAUGUGUCUACUGUAUGGAAGUUACGUGUUGUGGAUUACAGAAAACAAGAAAAAGAUAAAGCCAUUAUAUUGACUAUAUGGCGUCCAUUAUUGGAUGUAUGUUCCCUGUUAAAAGAAGGUGGUCGGUACAGAAUAUACCAGCUAGUAGCUUCGCAAUCCAAAGGCAAAUCAGACACUGUUAAUGUACAGUUAACAUCCACAAACAAAACUCAGUACCUGCAACUACAGGCUUCGCAAGAGGUGCUGUUGCAGAUUUAUAUUCCAAGGAAGGCUCUGCCAUUCAGAAUGUUGUUGGAUCCAUCUUUUCAACCAGCCUGUGCUGAAGUGGAUUUAGUGGGAUUUGUAGUUUCUGUUAGCAAGAGAACAGGUUUCACUACUCUGGUAUAUUUGUCAGAUGAAGAUCAUAAUCUAGUGGCCAUCAAGAUCUGGACAGACCUUAAGCAGCUUGCUAUUGAAGACAUAAUUAACCCUUUUACAUUGAUUUCUGCAAGCAAUCUUCAGUGGCGAUCUGAAUUCAAAUCAGAAAUUCCCACAUUAUUUGCUGGAGACCUUUCCAUAUUCUCGGCAAGUCCAAAGGAUUGCUAUCUUCAAGAGAGAUUUAAUGAACUGAAGAACACAACAGAGAACGUAAAUUGCUUUUGCAAUGAUGCAGAAUGCAAACUGAUGAAUUUGCUUCAGAUAAAUGACCCACAACCAUAUAUCUUACCUAAAGAGUGUGGCUUAGAUCACCAUUCUCCUUCCUGGAAAUCAGGAUCUGAUGCAGAAGAUAAAUGUCUGAUUUCCUCUCCUAAUAGCAAAAUAAAAUCUCAGAGGUCUUUGCCAGCCAGCAAGCAUGACCUGAAACUUGUUCCACAAGGCUCAAAACAAAUGACCCCACAUACUUCUUAUAGUGAAGAACCCCCCAAGAACCGCAAAAAAAGAAAAGCUCUGGACCUACUCUGUAAAAUACCUUCCCCUCCUCCAGUGACACCAAUCAAUUUAUUUGUUUCAACAUCUUUGAAAAAGGCUUUUCAGCCACCGAAAAGCUCUGGUGUCCAGUUUAACAAAUCACUGAAGAGAAUAAAUCCUAACUCUGGUCAUAUCAACCCCUUUAAAAGGACAAAUGAAACUGGCCCUCUUCCUGAGAAUGACUUGGUUGCUGAUGAAGAACUUGCAAUGAUAAAUACACAAGUGCUCUUGUAUAGUUUGCCAGAAGAAAAGAAGAUGGAUUGUGUGGAUGAAUCCGCCAGUGCAAUAUCCAAUGAUUCAUCAGAUCACCUUUUACUCAAAAAUAAUUCUCCUAAGUCUGCUGCGGAAACAAAAACUUCACGAAAGAGUACUGAAGGAACUGAGGCUCCUGGGAAAGACACAAGGGAAACUGAGGGCUUAUUAGUAAUCCAAAAGAAGCUACAAAGGCUAACAAAGCGAAAAUGCAACUAAAUGCAUAUGUACAAUACUGUAUAUACUUCAUAUUUAAGUGAUUUUUUUACUCUUUGCACAUUGUAAACAUUUAUACAGUACCUAAUUGUAUUUAAUAAUGCACAUCUAUAUUGCAAAAACAAAGGUUUAAUAAAUAGAGUUUACUCUAUGGAAUAGAAAA